AUGCAAUUUGACUAUUUCUUGGCUUACUGGCAAAAGGCUUCAAAUGUAGUCGCCGCUGAUGCCGACCACGAGCAUUACGUUUACGCAUCUCCACCGCCGCUACCUUAUGUUUACAAGUUACCACCACUACGACACCACAAGCCAACAUGGCCACCUUACUAUCAUAAAUCACCACCGCCAACAUCGCCUUCAACACAACCACCAUACUACUACAAAUCACCUCCUCCUCCAUCACAAAUACCCCUUCCACCCUCUUAUUAUUACAAGUCGCCGCCACCACCUUCUUCAUCACCCCCACCUCCUUACGUGUACAAGUCCCCACCGCCACCUUCUCCAUCUCCGCCUCCUCCCUAUGUCUAUAAAUCCCCGCCACCACCAUCUCCACCACCACCUCCUCCUUACAUUUAUAAAUCCCCACCACCACCAUCGCCAUCACCUCCUCCUCCUUAUGUCUACAAAUCACCACCACCACCCUCUCCGUCACCCCCACCUCCUUACUUAUACAAAUCCCCACCACCACCAUCGCCAUCACCACCUCCACCUUAUAUCUACAAAUCACCACCACCACCUUCUUCCUCACCCCCGCCUCCUUAUGUAUACAAGUCCCCACCACCACCAUCUCCAUCUCCGCCUCCUACUUAUGUCUACAAAUCCCCACCACCACCAUCUCCACCACCACCACCUCCUUAUAUUUACAAAUCCCCACCGCCACCAUCUCCAUCACCACCACCUCCGUACAUUUACAAAUCCCCACCACCACCAUCCCCCUCACCUCCUCCACCUUAUGUCUACAAGUCACCACCACCACCAUCUCCAUCACCUCCUCCUCCUUAUGUUGACAAAUCCCCACCACCACCAUCGCCAUCACCACCUCCACCUUAUAUCUACAAAUCACCACCACCACCUUCUUCCUCACCCCCGCCUCCUUAUGUAUACAAGUCCCCACCACCACCAUCUCCAUCUCCGCCUCCUACUUAUGUCUACAAAUCCCCACCACCACCAUCUCCACCACCACCACCUCCUUAUAUUUACAAAUCCCCACCACCACCAUCUCCAUCACCACCACCUCCGUACAUUUACAAAUCCCCACCACCACCAUCCCCCUCACCUCCUCCACCUUAUGUCUACAAGUCACCACCACCACCAUCUCCAUCACCUCCUCCUCCUUAUGUUGACAAAUCCCCACCACCACCAUCGCCAUCACCACCUCCACCUUAUAUCUACAAAUCACCACCACCACCUUCUCCCUCACCCCCGCCUCCUUACGUAUACAAGUCCCCACCACCACCAUCUCCAUCUCCACCUCCUCCUUAUGUCUAUAAAUCCCCACCACCACCAUCGCCAUCACCACCUCCACCUUAUGUCUACAAAUCACCACCACCGCCAUCUCCUUCACCACCUCCACCUUACGUUUACAAAUCCCCACCGCCACCAUCUUCAUCACCACCACCCCCUUAUCUUUACAAAUCUCCACCACCACCAUCGCCAUCACCACCUCCUCCCUAUGUCUAUAAAUCCCCACCACCACCAUCUCCAUCACCACCACCUCCGUACAUUUACAAAUCCCCACCACCACCAUCCCCCUCACCUCCUCCACCUUAUGUCUACAAGUCACCACCACCACCAUCUCCAUCACCUCCUCCUCCUUAUGUUGACAAAUCCCCACCACCACCAUCGCCAUCACCACCUCCACCUUAUAUCUACAAAUCACCACCACCACCUUCUCCCUCACCCCCGCCUCCUUACGUAUACAAGUCCCCACCACCACCAUCUCCAUCUCCACCUCCUCCUUAUGUCUAUAAAUCCCCACCACCACCAUCGCCAUCACCACCUCCACCUUAUGUCUACAAAUCACCACCACCGCCAUCUCCUUCACCACCUCCACCUUACGUUUACAAAUCCCCACCGCCACCAUCUUCAUCACCACCACCCCCUUAUCUUUACAAAUCUCCACCACCACCAUCGCCAUCACCACCUCCUCCCUAUGUCUAUAAAUCCCCACCACCGCCAUCUCUAUCACCACCACCUCCGUACAUUUACAAAUCCCCACCACCACCAUCACCCUCACCUCCUCCACCUUAUGUCUACAAGUCCCCACCACCCCCAUCUCCACCUCCUCCCCCUCCUUAUGUCUACAAAUCCCCACCACCACCAUCUCCAUCCCCUCCUCCUCCUUAUGUGUACAAUUCACCACCACCACCUUCUCCAUCCCCUCCUCCUCCCUACGUGUACAAAUCACCACCUCCGCCGCCGUCACCUCUUUCUCCUCCGCCAUACUACUACACUUCUCCUCCUCCUCCCAAGCAUUACUAA